AUGGAAGCGUUUUUUGAAGAAUACCAAAAUGGUACUACAUGUACAAGUCAUCAUUUUGAUUUGAAUAAUGACUUUAUGAACGCAAUUUCGCACAAAUAUAGUGAUGAUGUGAGGACAGAUGAAGAAGAAUUAUAUGCAGAAUUUGAUAAAAAAAAUAGUGUACCUUAUAGCAAGAAAAUAUAUGAAAAAAUAAUAAAGAAGAUAUGUCAUCAUAAUGGUUUAAAACAUGUUAAUUACUAUAUUAAUAAUUUUGAUAAAAUAAAAAAUAUUAGGGGAAUAAAAGUAAGAGGGGAAAAUAGAAUAUGUGUAUUAACAUUAUGUUUAAAUUAUAUAUAUUGUAACUUAAAUAAUGAAACAAUGACUAUACAUGAAUUGAAAAGCCAGAUAAAAAGAAAUAUAUCCCAAACGAAAAUUUAUUGUAAAAACUUAGCUAAAAUUUUAUAUAGUAUUUGUAAUAGACUAGGAAUAAAAAGUUGUACGAAGAAUGAUUUAUUACCCUAUAUGGAAAAAUGUAUUACUACUAUUAUUUAUAAAAUGAAAAAUUUAAAUAACGAUUUUAGCACCAAAAAAAAUUUACAAGUACAGACGAGGACAAACAUAUUUGAUGAAGUGUUUGAGCUCAUUAAUAAUUUUACCGAUAAUUAUAAUGAUAAUGAUUCAUUUUAUAUAGAUGAAAAGAAGAAAUAUUACAAUGAAAACUUUGACGAAAUAGAUAGUCAGGAAAAGGGUGUCUUGCAAAAUAAUGACCAGUGCAUAUAUAGAAGAAGCAAGAAUAUCAAUGAUCAUGAUUUUGAUGAUGGUAAAAAAUGUAGAGCAAGUGUAACAACUGGAAGUGCAAAUGGUGUAUCAAUUAACGAAGAUGAAACAAGUAGUGAGGCGUGUAUGUAUAAAUGUGUGUCAGCAUGUGGUGAUAAUAGCAAUGGUAACAGUAAUGAUAACAGCAGUGAUAAUAGCAAUGAUAACUUAAACAGUUUAAGUAGGUAUAUAAGGCGAAAAAGAAGUGUUAAUACAAGAUCAAAGAUGGUAAGAAAGGAUGUUGACAUGAAUGAGUUAAUAAAAUAUUUAGAAAAGAACGUAACUUUACUCUCUUUGUAUUCAUGUGUUUUGUAUUCUUUUUUUGUUAUAUGGAAUACUAAAGAGAAUAUGGACAUGAAUUUGCACAAGAAGGAAUGUAGAUGGAAUGGUGGAAAUUUGCUUUAUUUUAUAUGUUCUUCUGUUAUUAUAACCUUUAGUGUUUUCAAUAUAAGAUUAAAAGAUCAAUUCGUUUGUUAUUGCUUAGAUGUUGUGCAGCAGUCGGUAAUAUCACAAAAGAGGGAAAUGUUAAAUUUUUUUUUAGUUACACUUAAUGAAUUUUUAGGUAUACCAGUAAAUACUUAUAAAAACGUCCUUUUUUGUAUACGAAUUAUAUUCAGUAAUUAUAUAAUGCUACAAAUGUAUUUAUUUUAUAUAAUAAAAAAAUAUAAAUUAUUAAAGCGUAAAAAAAAGGGUCUUUUAUUUCUCAUACAACAAUUACAAAUACAUUUAGCGAAAUUAUUUAGGAUCAUUCACACAAAUUUUUAUAAUUUGUCAGAUCUUAUAGUUGAUUACAAUUUUUUAUUUCUAUCAGAAUAUGUUUAUAUUAAUGUAAAGGAAAUAAUUUCUAAAAAUUAUGAUUUCCUACAUAUGAAAAAGUUGAUGAAAGGUUUGAUAAAGAAUUAUUUAACACAAGAAGAAAAAAAAAGAUUCGAUGAACAUCAUUUUAAUGAGGUGUAUGAUAUAGAUUUGAACGACAUUAAAUUAUACUUGUCAAAAAUUUUAUCAUAUAACUUAUAUAAUGAAGAUGAAUAUCAAAUAGAUGAACAUGUUCAGAAAAAUAGUGAAGUAGUUGAUCAGUUGAAAAGGAACAACAGUAUCAUUUUGGAGAAUUCAUCACAUGGUAGUAGUGAAAUUGUAUUAGCAUGUGAAGAAAAAACAACAAGUGAUGCUACAUGGGAUGGUAAAAGGAUUACAAGUAAAUAUGCUGCUGAUGAAAAUUAUUUUAGUGAUAACAGGUCGAGAAUGCAAAAUGGCAACAGUCGUACUAGCAUAGUUGUUAAUAAGGAUGAUAUUAGAAAUAAUGAUAGUAGUAACAGCAGCAAUAAUGAUGUUAAUUCUUAUGAGAUCAUGCAAGGGUACACGUAUGAUGAGACCAUCAAUCCGACCAUUUACGAACUUCAUCAUGGGUACAAUUUUUAUAAUCUUAAGCAAAACAAUAUUGACAUUUUUAAUUACAGGAAGAAUAUUAUGCUGAUCAGCAAUAAUACUGAUUGUAGAGAUAAGGACAUGUGUACUUAUUUGCGUAGUGGAGAAAGUAGUUAUGAAGUGGGCAGCAAUAAUGUACGUAUGAACACUUUGCGUACUAAUAAUGCACGCAGUAAUCUAAUAGAUAGUAAUAAUAACACUGGAGGCGAUAGUAACUUAUGGUGCUAUUAUCGUAAUUACACAAGCAAAAUUGGUAUUGGAAAGGAAGAAGACGAAGCAAAGGUAACAAUGAAAUACCAGAUUCAGGACGAUUUACAAAACGAAAUAAAAGCAGGAAUUGGUAACUUUGCUGAAUUUUUAGAAGAACUUGAUAAUAACACUCUAAAAAAUGAAGAAGUUCUACUACAUUUUUUUAAAAAUGCAGAUAUUUUAAAAAAAAUUAAUUUGUCUACAAUAAAUGAAACAAAUAUGGAAAUUAUGCGUUUUUAUAAUAUAAAAAUAGUUGUACAAUUUUUAUUUUAUAAUAUUUUAAAAAGUAUUAUAUAUAACUGUUAUUCAUUAAAUUUUUUUAGUCUGCACAAUUUACAUCGUGCCAUUAACCCUAAAAAAAAUGUCAAAAAAAAUAAUAUUUCAUUGUCACAUGAAAAAGCAGAAAUCAUAAAUACCUCUUUUAAAAGAAAAAUAGCUAGUAAAAUUAAAGAAAUGAAAAAUAAAAAAUACAAGCUGGAAAAAUAUCUUAUUUGUGAGCAAAAUGAUUACCUACAGAACUUUCACAACUCUAAAUUGUUGAAGGAAAACAUAAAAUUAUUUUUAAGUGACAAAAAAAUUAUCCUUAAAAAUGUUUCAGAAUUGUUAGCAUAUUGUCUGCAAGAGGAGAAUGCAGAUCAUUCUUUUUCCUUGGAAGUAUCAAACGAUCAAGCUCUUAAUUUUAUGCCCAAUUCGGGUAAACAGUCUUUACCAUCUAAUAUGCGUGAGCGCGAUGACAACAGUAGUGUGUACGAUUGCUACUGCAAGGGGGAAGAAUGUACAAAUAUUCAUAUAAAAAAAAAUAGCUUACCAUAUGAUGAAAACAAUAAUAAUAAUAGUAGUAAUAAUAGUAAUAGUAAUAAUAGCAGUGGUAAUAAUAAUAAUUAUAACAAUAGUAAUAAUAGCAGUGGUAAUAAUAAUAAUUAUAUAGCAGUGGUAAUAAUAAUAAUUAUAACAAUAGUAAUAAUAGCAGUGGUAAUAAUAAUAAUUAUAACAAUAGUAAUAAUAGCAGUGGUAAUAAUAAUAAUUAUAACAAUAGUAAUAAUAGAUAAUAAUAGUAGUAAUAAUAAUAUCAGUAAUGAUAAUAAUAAUAAUAGCAGUAGUAAUAAUAAUAAUAGCAGUAGUAAUAAUAAUAAUAGUAGUAAUAAUAAUAAUAAUAGCAGUAGUAAUAAUAAUAAUAAUAGCAGUAGUAAUAAUAAUAAUAAUAGCAGUAGUAAUAAUAAUGAUAGCAGUAGUAAUAAUAAUGAUAGCAGUAGUAAUAAUAAUAAUAGCAGUAGUAAUAAUAAUAAUAGCAGUAGUAAUAAUAAAAAGAAAAUAAAAAUAGUUCUAUGUCGUUAUGCCGCAGAAGAUGAAAAUUGCCAGUAUUAUAACGAUUUACAAGAUGCGUCAUUUAACUUUUUUGAUUACAUUUUUAAUAUUAAGAUGAUGAAAGAUUAUAAAGAUAUGGAAGGGCUAUUUCCAGGGAAAUAUUUUAAUGUAUUAUUCAAAAUGUUUAAUAAUAUGAACUACUCAUUUGGUAGUAAAAAGAAAAAAUUAAUAAAAAUGAGUAAUUGCUUGUAUCAUACCUAUCAUUUAAUAGGCAUUAAAAGAAUAGCAGGUGUUGGUUAUAAUUUUACUUUUAAAAAUGAGUUAAAUGAUAAUUACUCAAAAGUAUUAAAAACAAAAUUUUCGAAUAUAUUAUCAUUAGAAGAUGUCUAUUUUGUAUUUAAUAGAUUCUUCUAUUUUUUAUUUAUUUAUAUUAAAUCGCAAUGCUGUUUUUUUACUGAAAAUGACACGCAUUUGUGUAUUGACAAUAACAACGCAUUACAUUCGCCCAAGUUACGUUGUUCUUGUAAUAGGGCUAAUUGUUGUUACAAAAUUAAAACGAUUGUCUUAUUUGGCAACCUAUAA